AUGUCUACAGUCUCUGCAGAACUAGCAUACUUCACUCCGCCCUCUGACGGGUCCCGCCCAUUCACUACGAUAAAUGCUGAUCCAGCGACAGGCCAGCGUGCACGUAAUUGGAAGAACGAGGAGCAUACCGUCGAGAUUGAGAACGUCAGGGGCAAAGAAAGUGACUACACCUUGGAUACUGCAGGCUUUCAAUACGUCACGAAGCCCUCCAAACACAGCGCCUUUAUCAAUGACGAAGAUAUUAGAGGAGAAUACUAUCCAGAGAGCAUCGAACUUCUCGAGGACAUCACGGGUGCGAGCAAAGUCGUCCUUUUUGACCACACUGUCAGACGCCAUCGCCCUGGAGAUGUAGAAACGGACGAAACAAAGCGUCAACCUGUUGAUCAGGUUCAUGUAGACCAAACUCCUGAGUCGGCCACUGCUCGUGUUCAUCGUCAUUUACCUGUCGGCGAAGCGGAGAAGCUUGUCAAAAAACGUUUCCAGAUUAUAAACCUCUGGCGACCGAUCUCUCACCCUGCAGUCGACCAUCCAUUGGCGCUGUGCGAUUACAGGACUGUCGACGCAAAGAAAGAUCUCGUUCCUAUCGCAUUGAUCUAUCCGGAUCGUGAAGGCGAAACUUAUGGGGUCAAAUUCAACCCGGCACAUAGGUGGAAGUACCAAAGAGGUAUGAAACCGGACGAAGUAGUCUUGAUCAAAUGCUACGAUUCGGCUCAGGGUGAUAACAUUGCUAGGUUUACCCCACAUACUGGGUUCAAGGAUCCCUCGGCACCACAGGGAGCGCCGCUGAGGCAGUCUAUUGAGCUUAGGGCGCUGGUUUUCUAUGACUAG